GGUUUUGCUCCGCUUUAGCAGCGGCGAAGGGAGGACCCCCGCGAGCCGGUCCCUGGCGUCCGGUUUCCCAGCCCUUUUCAGGCUUGGGCCCGCAUGGAGGGAACCGUGGAGUCCCAGACGCCUGACCUGCGGGAUGUGGAGGGUAAGGUGGGCAGGAAGACCCCUGAAGGGCUGCUCCGUGGGCUGCGAGGCGAGUGUGACCUAGGAACCUCUGGCGCCCUGCUGCUCCCAGGGACGCCUAGCACCGGCCACGACUUGGGGGACAAGAUCAUGGCGCUGAAGAUGGAGCUGGCUUACCUGCGAGCCAUCGAUGUGAAGAUCCUGCAGCAGCUGGUGACGUUGAAUGAGGGCAUCGAGGCAGUGCGCUGGCUGUUAGAGGAGCGGGGCACGUUGACCAGUCAUUGCAGCAGCCUCACCAGCAGUCAAUAUAGCCUGACAGGCGGGAGCCCAGGCCGCUCAAGGCGAGGCAGCUGGGACAGCCUGCCAGACACCAGCACCACCGACCGGCUGGACAGUGUCUCUAUUGGCAGCUACCUGGACACAGUGGCCCCCAGCGAGCUGGAUGAACAGGGCCCACCUGGGGUUCCACGUUCCGAGAUGGACUGGGCAAAAGUUAUAGCUGGUGGAGAGAGGGCCAGGACUGAGGUGGAUGCGACAGCCACCAGGCUAGGGAGCUUGAGGGCUGUGUGGAAGCCCCCAGGGGAGAGGCUUCAAGGUGGACCACCUGAGUCACCAGAGGAUGAGAGUGCCAAGCUGGGCUUCGAGGCCCACUGGUUCUGGGAGCAGUGCCAGGAUGAUGUGACCUUCCUGUAACAACUUUUCCACCCUUUUGUAAUCCUGUGGCUCUUUUAUCCGUUAGCUGUGGUCUCCCCUAAAAUUGAUUCUCCCUCAGUCUGAGACUAGGAAGAGGCUGCACUGAAAUCAGUUACCAUAGAAACCUGGCUCAUCAUUUCUCUGGUCCCUAGGGAGUCUCUGCCUUUAUCCGUCAAUUAUUGGGUCCCUAGAGCUAGCUUGCUUGCUCUUUCUUUCUUUCUUCCUUUCUUCUUUCUUUUUUUUUUUCUUUUUUUGGGACAGGGUCUUAUGCUGUCACCCAAGCUGGAGAGCAGUGGCAUGAUCACAGCUCACUGCAGCCUUGACCUCCUGGGCUCAAGCAAUCCUCCUAUCUCAGCCUCCCCCAUAGUUAGGACUACAGGCAUCCACCACCAUGCCCGGCUAAUUCAAAAAAAUUUUUUUGUAGAGAUAGGGUUUCCUUGUGUUGCCCAGGCUGGUCUGAAACUCAUGGGCUCAAGGGAUCCUCCUGCCUCAGCCUCCCAAAGUGCUGGGAUUGUGCCCAGCCCCUAGAGAUAUUUCUACAGAGAUAUUGACUCUAAAGGAUUGACCUAUGGCUUUUGGUGUGAAGUAUCUCUCACUGCUCGCCCCAGCUAAGUAAGGGUUUAAGGAAUUUAGGACUCCCUGGAGUUAACAGAUGAAGAGAUGGGGGUAUAAUUACUUCACCCAAAGUCUAGAAGCCUUGACCCUUCUCUUGGCCAAGAUGGAGGAUUGAGGAGGGACAUGGACCUUCAGGACUAACCCUCUAUGGAUUGGCCCUCCCAGAAGCGUUUGGGCUGGUAGACCCACCCCUUCCUACCUGCUGAGUGAUGUCAUUUCCUGCCAGGAUGGGUAGUCGUUUGUACGGGUCCUUGGAUGGUGGUAGGUCAUAUAGGGGUAUCUGAGACCCUGCUGCUAAGUGAGAUCACAUUAUUUAUCGUCCAUGCCAUUACUUCUUGUGAACAGGAACAUGUCACCCCUCCUGGCAGGAAAGCUUCUCAUUGUCAUGUUUGUGCUUCCUUUCAGAAGGUUCUUACUUUUUAAAUAGAGUAUUCUCAUUUUAUCCUA